AUGGUCGCACUUACCAGGGCAUUUGGCCUUCAGGCUCGCCAGACUGUGAGGUCCGCUCACCUCUUCUCCGGAUCUCAGCGUCGUCUCCUCGCCUCCAUCAAGACUCCUCAGACUGCCGUCGAAAAGAUCGUCCAGCAGUACGCUGAUGGUUUGGCGCCCGGUAAGGUCGUUCGCUCCGGUGACUAUGUCUCGAUUCGCCCCGCACACUGUAUGUCCCACGACAACUCAUGGCCCGUCGCAACCAAGUUCAUGGCCAUUGGCGCAACCAAGAUCCACGACAACAGACAAGUUGUUAUGACCCUUGACCACGACGUCCAGAACAAGUCUCCAGCAAACUUGACCAAGUACGCCAACAUCGAGAAGUUUGCCAAGUUGCAGGGCGUUGACUUUUACCCCGCUGGUCGUGGUAUUGGUCACCAGAUCAUGGUUGAGGAGGGAUACGCUUUUCCCGGUGGUAUGUCUGUCGCCUCCGACUCUCACUCCAACAUGUACGGGGGUGUUGGCUGUCUCGGUACCCCUGUCGUCCGUACCGAUGCUGCUGCUAUCUGGGCCACUGGUCGUACUUGGUGGCAGAUUCCUCCUAUCGCCCGCGUCGAGCUUACUGGUAAGCUCCCUGAGGGUGUUUCCGGAAAGGACGUCAUCAUCGCCCUCUGUGGUGCCUUCAACAACGAUCAGGUUCUCAACCACGCCGUCGAGUUUGUCGGGUUUGAGGCCAUCAAGGGCUUGAGCGUCGACGACCGGCUCGCCAUCGCUAACAUGACCACUGAAUGGGGUGCGCUCGCCGGUCUCUUCCCCGUCGACACUACCUUGAUUCAGUGGCUCCGCCAGCGUGCCGACCGCCACGCCUCUCGCCAGUCUGAGGGCAAGUCCCACUCCCGUGUCACCCACGAGCGCGUCGAUGCCCUCGAGAACGAGAUGGAGUCUAUGAAGGCUGACGAGGGUGCCAUUUACGCUAAGCGCCUCACCCUCGACCUUUCUUCCCUCACUCCUCACGUCGCCGGUCCUAACUCCGUCAAGAUCUCCACUCCCCUCUCCGAGCUCGCCAAGGCCGACAUCAAGGUCAACAAGGCCUAUCUCGUCUCCUGCACCAACUCCCGUAUCUCCGACUUGGUCUCCGCCGCUGAGGUGAUCAAGGGUAAGAAGGUUGCGGAGGGUGUCGAGUUCUACAUUGCUGCUGCUUCCUCUGAGGUUCAGGCCGAUGCCGAGGCCUUGGGUGCAUGGAAGGACUUGAUUGACGCUGGUGCUAAGACUUUGCCUGCUGGAUGUGGACCUUGUAUUGGAUUGGGUACUGGAUUGUUGGAGGAUGGUGAGGUCGGUAUCUCUGCCACCAACCGUAAUUUCAAGGGACGUAUGGGAUCCCGUGAGGCCCUCGCAUACCUCGCUUCCCCCGCUGUCGUCGCCGCUUCCGCUGUUGCUGGUAAGAUUGUUGGUCCCGCUGAGUACCCUGACGUCAAGCCCACCGUCUCCAUCGAGGCCGCCACUCCUGCCGCUGCUGCUGUUGUUGCGGAGGCUGCCACUACCGAGAUCCUCCCCUCCUUCCCUGAGGUCAUCGAGGGUGAGAUCGUCUGGUGUGAUGCCGACAACUUGAACACCGACGCUAUCUACCCCGGAAAGUACACCUACCAGGACGACGUCCCACGGGAAAAGAUGGCCGAGGUCUGUAUGGAGAACUACGACACUGACUUCCACGCCAAGACCAAGAAGAACGACAUCCUCGUCGCAGGAUACAACUUUGGCUGUGGAUCUUCAAGAGAACAGGCUGCUGUUGCUAUCUUGUCUCGUGGUAUUCCUGUGGUGUUGGCUGGUUCGUUCUCUGAUGUUUACAAGCGUAACGCUAUCAACAAUGCCUUGUUGUGUGUUGACAUGCCUUCCCUCGCUGAGAAGCUGAGACAAAGCUUUGCUGGAUCGAAGGAGUUGACGAAGAGGACUGGAUGGAAGGUGCAGUGGGAUGUUAAGACGAGCACGGUGAAGAUCUUUGAGCCUUCAGGUGAGGAGUGGAGCGAGAAGGUUGGUGAGCUUGGAAGGUUCGUGCAGGAGAUUUACUGUGAGGGUGGUUUGGAGAAGUGGACCAAGUCUCGUCUUUAG